AUGGUCCAGGCCGGAUCGGCUUUAGGCGAGCUGAGCGAAGCGACGAUCCGGGCGCUUGGGCUGCACAGCCGGCCUGAAUGUAACCACACCUUUUGCCCGUUGCCGCGAGGACCUCGUUCCGGCCGCACCGACAUCCGAAGGCCGAUCGCCCGGGACCUGGUCAAGCGGGAGAAACCUGGUCAAGCGGGGUCGUGGUGCCGUCAGGGAGCCAUCAUCGGUCUGCAGGCACUCGUAUUUGGGUGCGGCCAUUUUGGGACUUCGGCUUUGGAUGUUGUGCCGCCGCUGAGACAGCCGCGAGAAUUGGCCGAGACACAAGAGACAACGACGAGAACUGGAACAGAGCUAACAGAGCUGGCAGAGCAAACAGAGCUAGCGACCCAUUCGGCUCGUACCCGUCAAGCCUCAACUGCCCCUGAAGCAGGCGCUGCGCUGGCAGUUCGCUCCACCGCCGCACGAGCUGACCUGGAGCUGAGGGCCAGCCCUACUGUCCUAUUCGAUGGUUGGGGUGAGACAGCAUCUGCCGCGAUGCAGGGAGGGCCUUCGCUGCUUGCUGCUCCGCGAGAAGCAGCAGCUGGACGAAGUGAGGGUGGGUAUGACACCAGGAAAUGGCAGUUGGGUGCCACUAAGACGGAGGCUGCAUGGCUUCUCUUCCACUCUUCCACUCUUCCACUCUUCCACUCCUCCAACUUACCAACCAGCCGUUUCCAUGCGGCACUUGGGUUUACAACGAGUACAGGCCUUACCCCGAUCGGUGGCCCACGGGGGACGAGUCCAGCAGCGUGUGCAACGCGGCGGAAACGGAAUGGCCAUUUCCAAUCGACGAUUGGAUUUGGUAAUUGUGACGUUGGACCAACACAUCGCCCAGCCAAUAUUCUCCCGCUCGGGCUGAUCUUGUACAAGUCAUCGAUCCGUAUUCCGUCCGUUCCAGACGCUAAUGCAGGUGUUCUGACUGCGUGCGCUGAUCAAAAGCGGGCUACACGCGAAGGGGGAAAGACGCAAACGAAACAAAAAGAAACAAAAGCUGGCCAGGCCCUGGUUGAUCCCACGCCGGCGAGUGAUGGACCACACGGGGUGCAUUCAUUCAUGCAGUGCCACCUCGGGUAG